AGGGAGGGAGAGAGAGAGAGCGUGCCUGGAGAGAGCAAGAGAGCAAGAGAGGUUUCUCCUCAGUAGUUUUCUCCUCCUUUCUUCCUGACACCAGCAGUCUGUUCUUCCUCUUCUGCUGUGGUGUGUGAAACUGCACCAGGUUGUCAUAGUCAUGUUGGUGGUUGGCGCCAAGCUGCUUUUGCUCUUCCCCCUGGUUUGCUGUGUCCCCUCCCCGUCCAGGCCACCGACCAGACACUGCAGGCGGUGCUGUGAUCAGCAGGAGCCGUCAGCGGCCACAGGUCAAUACCAGAUGCCAGAGGUCCGCACAGUCAUCAACAUGACCAUCCUCAAAGGUGAUAAAGGAGAGAAAGGAGACAAAGGUACCCCCGGGAAACCAGGUCUGGAGGGUCCUCCUGGUUUCCGAGGACCCCUAGGCCUUAAAGGCAGCAAAGGGCAGGCAGGGGCCCCCGGAGACGCCUGCAAGAUCCCUCAGUCGACCUUUUCAGUGGGACGCCGAAAGGCCCUGCACAGCAUUGACUACUAUCAGGCGCUGGUGUUCGACACGGUGUUCGUCAACCUUCACGAGCACUUCAACAUGUUCAAGGGCAAGUUCUACUGCUACGUGCCGGGGAUCUACUUCUUCAACGUCAACAUCCACACCUGGAACUUCAAGGAGACCUACCUCCACCUGAUGCACAACGACAAGGAGCAGGUGAUCCUCUAUGCGCAGCCCAGUGAGAGGUCCAUCAUGCAGAGUCAGAGCGUCAUGCUGGACCUGGCCCUGAACGACGAGGUGUGGGUGCGACUCUACAAGAGGGAGCGGGAGAACGCCAUUUACAGCGACGACGUGGAUGUUUACAUCACCUUCAAUGGAUACCUAGUGGCACCGAGCAUCCAGUGAAAAUACGACAGACAGAAUAACAGGAGGUCUGGAAAAAGAAAAAUCUCGGAGGUGGAUUAUUGUUAGUAUUUUUUUUUUUUUGCCAUGGAUACUGCUUUGCCCCAAGAAAGAACUACUUUUGAGGAAGUUUGGUGCUUUUUUAAAAUUCCUUCCUUUCAUCCCAGAGAGCUACAUACCAUGGUUUCCAAAAUCAUGGACUGCCCAUUUCAAAAGAAAUUUUAAAAUAAUAAAGGUAAUGCAGCACACAAUUAGGAAAGAAUGUGUCCUUGUAUUAGAAUUACACUGUUGUGUGAAGCCAAAUGUCUUUUGUACUUCUGUGCUGUACUAGUUAUUCCUUCUUUUCAGGGACUUUGUGUAAAAGAAAAGAAAAAAAGUUCUUUCACUUAACAGGAAUCACAAAAAUAACAAAUGUGCAAUCAUUUAUAGAGCAAUUUUGCUAUGAUGGUUCUAAUGUGUUUCGGGUGGCUGCUGUCAGAGCUGAAACACAUGUUUACGUGGUGCCUUUCAGAAGACUUCAAGGGUCAGUUAAAAAAUAAAAAAGAAACCUUGCCUUGCCCUGCUUAUAGUGAGGGUGUGUAACUGUGCAAAUAGUUUAAACGUUCUAUUCUUGCAGCUAAGACAUGCUACAUAAAGACUGAACAUUUAAGAGGUUUCCUAACAUGCCCCACAAGUUCUUGACCCGGUUCAAAUUAUUGUCUAAUUGGGUGGAAUAAAUUAUUUCUAAAUCAUGGUAAUUGAAGCAUUUAAAAGUAAUUAUUUCUUUUGGAAUUGUGUCAUUCCAUUUGUCCCUCUGAUAUUUUUUUUAAUUAUAAGUAUUACUAUAAUAAUUGCUUUUUUUUGACUAGAGGUGUAUGACAGCACAUCACCAGCUACAUUUUAGUUGUGGAACCAUUCCACUCAGGUUCCUUCUUUUGGAAAUUAACUCUUACAUGUGUCACACCCUUCCUCCACGUUCACGUUCACGUUCAUGGUGCUGAGUCUUUUAUCUGUUGUGUAGUUGUCGUUUUUUAACUGACCCUUUAAACACGAACACAUCCCAACAUAUCGAAAUAAAUAAAAAAAACAACUGUGGUGCUUUAUUAUCAAAUGCAGGGAUGCAUUAUUUAAAAGAAAAAGGUUAAAUAUCAUGAAUUCUUGGAGAUGUUGAACUGCAGAGCAGUUGAUGUAAAUAGCUGUAUAUUUGGCUGUCUAUAACUCAAUACAAUACCUGUGCUAUGCUGUUGAAGCUGGA